AUGUCAGCAUUCCUUAAGUUCUAUACUUCCUCUCUCAAGAAGAAUCCUAAAACGACCAAUGCGAUUAUGACGGGAUCGCUAUUUGGUUUGGGUGAUGCAGUCGCACAGAUAUGCUUCCCCUCCCAAAAAGCGAAUUCCACAUAUUCCGACGGAGAGUCCAUCCCUAAAACUUACGAUAUAGCAAGAACGGUGCGUGCAGUAGCUUAUGGAUCGCUGAUCUUCUCAUUCAUCGGAGACAAAUGGUUCAAAAUUUUAAAUGGUAAGGUCAAAUUCUCCAAAAAGCCAGCUGACCACUGGUCGAAUCUCGCGCUUCGAGUGGGAACAGAUCAACUUCUUUUUGCUCCCACCUGUAUCCCAUUCUACUUCGGUACGCUGACCUUGAUGGAGGGAAAAUCAUUGAAUCAUGCAGGAGAGAAGAUCGGCGCCGUGUGGUGGGACAUUCUUAAGACUAAUUGGAUGGUUUGGCCAGCUUUCCAGCUCAUUAACUUUUCACUCGUCCCAGUUCAGCACAGACUCCUCGCUGUAAAUGUGUUGGCUAUCUUUUGGAAUACUUUUCUAUCCUAUCGCAAUUCCGAAGCCACGAAUGUGAAGCAAUUACUACCUGUCGAGAUUCCUCCUAUCCCUGAAUAA